UCAUCUUCACCAUCACCCUUGGUAAUUGAAGAAAUAUAUAUUGUAGAAAAAUUGAAAUUGCAUUAAAAGCUAGACCGUAAUGAGUUGGUAUAUGAAUAUUGAUGAGGGUGUAUUAAAGAGUCCAGUGAGAAGAAAGUAGAGAGAGGGAGAGAGAGGUGUUAGGUCAAAGCUUUCAAGCCAUUGCUGCAACUGCAUGGUGCGCUGUUGUUGUUACAGUUGAUACAUCUGGUUUCAUAAAAAUUGCACAAAUGUUGAUGUUGAGGAGGAUUUUUGAUGGUUGUGGUUGAGGAAAGGAUUUGAAAAUGAGUAGCCUUUGAGAGUUAGGGUGUCUCUCUGCACCUAACCUCUUCAUCUCUCUCUCUCUCUGAUAAAAGAGCAAUAAAGAGGUUUAUACCUCUACACCAAGUAUACCAAACCUAACCGCUCUUACACUUAUUUCAUGUCAUUUUCUUUGGUAGUAAUAUCCAUAUAGGAGUAUCUCUUAGUUGGUGUUGUUGGUUCUGCAAUUAAUAAGAAAGGGCUCUGAUUGUUUUGCUUGUGUAGUUUCAUUGUCAUAUACUAAUACUACUAUCAUAUAUCAGCUUCGAUUCAUCAAUUUCUUACUACUAUUACUUUCUUUACCUUUACCUUCCUUUAUACCAGUAAUGGAGUUUUAGAUGACCCAGUUUCUUUUCUGGUAGUAACACUGAAUGAGAGAUGGAAACUUCUUUCUUCUUCUUAAUAAUGAGAAGAAAAAGAGAUCAGCAAACCAUAAAAUCUUCUUCUUAUUAUUCAUCUAGUUUCUCUCAUCUUUUUCUUACUUUCUGUAUUUGUCUAGUUUUCUUUUCUCAAGUUGUAUUAGGGUUAAAUUACACAACUUUUAAACCAGCUGUUUCUACUUUAAGACUUGCAAGGAUCCAAAGACAUUUGGAUGAUAUCAACAAACCUCCUAUUAAAACUAUUGAGAGCCUAGAUGGAGAUAUCAUAGAUUGUGUUCAUAAACGCAUACAACCAGCUUUGGAUCAUCCUCUUUUGAAGAACCACAAAAUCCAGAGGGUGCCACCAAAGAGACCAAGAUUAAGAGCUGAAAGAAAAGAAGAGUUAAUGAGAAGCUUCUUCAACAAUAAGAAGACAAUCAAUGAAAGUGAUACUGAUGAUGGAGAGAACCAUAAGGAGAAGGGACGUGCAUGGCAAACGUGGCAUAGAAGAGGGGAGAGCUGUCCAAAAGGAACAGUUCCAAUAAGGAGAAGUUCAGUUGCUGAUGUUUUGAGAGCUAAAUCUUUAUAUCACUUUGGAAAGAAGCAAACUAUUAGUAAAUCAUCAAAAUCAGUUGCUUCGAUGCUUAAUGUUAAUCACAAUCAGCAUAAUGUUGACCCCCCUGAUGUAGUUAGUGGCAACGGCCAUGAGCAUGCAAUUGCAUACACUGGAACCGAACAAGAACUAUAUGGAGCUAGAGCUACGAUAAAUGUGUGGGAUCCUGCAAUAGAAGUAGUCAAUGAAUUCAGCCUUUCUCAGAUUUGGGUUCUCUCCGGAUCUUUUGAUUCAGAUCUCAACAGCAUAGAAGCUGGUUGGCAGGUCAGUCCAGAGCUAUACGGGGACAGCAGACCCAGAUUAUUCACUUACUGGACGAGUGAUGCAUAUCAAGCAACUGGGUGCUACAAUCUUCUGUGCUCGGGAUUUGUACAAACAAACAGUAAGAUAGCAAUUGGAGCUGCAAUAUCUCCGGUUUCAUCAUUCGCAGGCAACCAAUACGACAUAACUGUUCUCAUAUGGAAGGAUCCCAAGUUAGGAAACUGGUGGUUAGGGAUAGGGGAAAACACAUUAGUCGGUUAUUGGCCAGCAGAGCUGUUUACGCACUUGGCUGAUCACGCAACAAUGGUGGAAUGGGGUGGUGAAGUGGUGAAUACACGUUGGAAUGGCGAGCAUACGAAAACCCAGAUGGGAUCAGGUCAUUUUGCAGAAUCCGGAUUCGGCCAGUCCGGCUAUUUCCGAAAUCUACAGGUUGUUGAUUCAGAUAAUAGCUUAAGUACAGCUGAAAAUAUCUUAACACUUGCUGAGAAUACUAAUUGUUACAAUAUCAAAAGUUCUUACAGUAGUGAAUGGGGAACACAUUUUUACUUUGGUGGACCAGGAAAGAAUCCCCAGUGCCAAUAACAUUAUCAAAUUCUGUUUUAGAAUCAAGUGUAUUAUUCUCCUCCUCCAUUUUUUUCCCUUAUACUAUAGUAAUUUAUUUAUUUAGUCAUUCUCCCACUAAAGCAUUUCAAGGUCAACGUAGGAAACUGCAGUGAAAUUUCUUCAUUUAUUAAUUAAAAUUAA